AUGAAUAACAAGGCGCGAAUCCCCGCUCCCUCCUCAGCCCGGGCAAACACCCAGUCCCGGACACCCGCUCCCACCCGAACCGCGACCCCAGGCAGGGCCUCGGGCCCGGCGCGCAACCCGACUCCCGUCCGAGCCCCGACCCGGGUCCGGACUCCUGCCCACGUCCCUAACCCUGCUCCAAUCCGGUUCCCAACUCCAGCCCCAGCCCCUGCCCCAACCCUAACCCCAGCCCCAACUCCGGCUCCAGUCCCGGCCGCAGCACCGGUGCAGAUUCCAGCACCAGUCCGGCCCUCGAAUCUAGGUCGAGUAUUUCCAACGAUCUCUCCAGCGAGGUUCUUCCCGAGCUUGGCCUCGCCCACCGCGCAGACCAUUUCUUCCGGGGGUGCUAGCUCUCUCGCGAAGGAUCCCACGCUCGCACAAAAGCAGAGACCCUCGAUCCCCAGCCUAGCGGAGGCCGUCCAGGGGCCCCUUCCAGUGCUCACUCCCUCGGACUCCAAGACGCGAGGCUCCUUACCGGACCCCGCCCCUCCCGUAGACGCCUUGGCUUCCACUGCCAUGGCCUCCAGUACAUUGAACCCCAUUCCGCGCCCCAACCCUACACUAGAGUUCUUGGCCUCCCCGCUGAAAGAUACCCCUGAUCUGAGUAGGCUCGCCACCAUUUCCCCAGCACCCAGCUUCGUUUCCAAUAAGGAGGGCCCCUCCACCAGCGAGGACGUCCCACCGGCCAACAGAAUCUUGAUCCGUGUGAUGUACUGUGGUCUCUGAAGCUAUGGCCUCCGGUACAUUAUACUGAAAAGGACCCUGGAGCAUCAGUUUCCAAACCUUCUGGAGUUUGAGGAAGAAAGAGCUACCCAGGUGACGGGGGAGUUUGAAGUGUUUGUGGACGGGAAGCUGAUCCAUUCCAAGAAGAAAGGUGAUGGCUUUGUGGAUGAGUCCAGUCUGAAGAAACUCGUGGGUGCUAUUGAAGAGAUCAAGAAAAGGUAGCAGUAGUGGUGGAGCCGGACGCGAGGGCGGUGCCGUGGA